CCAGAGCUGGGAGGGCUCUUCUCGCCUGAGGGAGGCUUCCCAGGAGCACAAGGGAUUUACCAAUUGCCACCUUUCAUUCCCUGUCUCUUGCUGUGUCCCACCAAAGGCCAUGUGCAGUGGCAAGCUACAGACAGUUUUGCUGGUGACAGGCUACUUUGUCUACCUGCUGGUGGGUGCAGCAGUGUUCCAGGCACUGGAGAGGGCUGCUGAGAAGCAGGAGAAAAUAGCAGCUGCCCAAAUGAAGGAGGCUUUUUUGCAGAACUUCACCCACCUCACAGUGGCAGAGAUGGAGCAGUUUAUGAAGAACCUGACUGAAGCCAUUCAGAAUGGAGUAUACCCUGUUGGAAAUGAAUCACAGAUUGAAGACAGCAACUGGGACUUCAGUAAUUCCUUCUUCUUUGCAGGCACGGUUGUCUCCACAAUAGGCUAUGGCACACUACGUCCUAAAACUGCUGGGGGCCAGAUCUUCUGUGUUUUUUUUGCUCUGUUUGGAAUUCCUCUGAAUAUUGUUUUUCUGCACCGUGUUGGUAAGAUGCUCUCACUGCUGUGUAAAAAGCUGGGGAAAUUCCUGUAUGAGAAAGGAAUGAGAAAGAAGAAGAUCAAAUUUUUGACCCUUUUGUUCUUCCUGGCAACGGGGAUCUUAGUUUUUCUGUGCUUGCCAUCACUCUUCUUCCAGAUCACAGAGGGCUGGUCCUACAGUGAAGGAAUUUACUUUGCAUUUAUCACCCUCAGCACCAUUGGCUUUGGAGAUUAUGUAGUAGGUAAACAGCCUGGCAGGAAUUACUUCUCCUACUACAGAACACUGGUGGCCAUUUGGAUUAUUUUCGGUCUUGCCUGGAUUGCUCUUCUAUUCAAUUUACUGACAACAGUACUAGAGGAUACUGAAAAAAAAAUCGCCAAGGAUCUCCAUCAAAUUGGAAAGGUGAUUAAAGACAACGAAUCAAACCAACAAAGAAGAUGUUGGCCUGCUCAGUUUGUUCCAGAAGAACUACCUCCACAGCUUUAUGGAGCGGAUGCACAGAAAACAGAGUCAUUAGCCGCAGAUUCUGAGCACCUAGACAAUGGGAAAAAAAGCUUUUUCUUGUAGCAAAACCUUUCCCAUGACACAGGAGAGUUGAAUUCUUCAUUGGAAUGAAAUACUCAAAGAAAUUCCCAUGGAAAUAAAAUUUCUCCUACCUUUUGCUGAGACCUUUCAGAA